CAUCCUCCAGGCAACCCCAACAGGUGCUCCCACCACAACUUCCUGCUAACGAACCAUAUUGUGUCAGGUCGCCACUCACUGUGCUCUGCCGCCGACAUCUUCCCACGCUGCGCUCAUCUCACAUCCACCACCUAAAGGUUACCUGCACCCUCCAUCUCCGCACUCGAUCCUGAAGGCCCUCCGGCCUGUUUUUAUACACUCAUAAUGUCUGGCUGGGGCCUAAACUGGUUUGGGGGGGGUGGCCAGAAAACGAAAGAGGCGCCUAAGAAAGCGAUACUCCAGCUUCGAGGACAGCUAGAGAUGCUGAAUAAGAGGGAGAAGCACCUGCAGAACCAAAUGGAUGAGCAGGAUGCUCUAGCGCGGAAGUAUGUUUCGACAAACAAGAAUGCCGCAAAACAGGCGCUUCGGCGCAAAAAGCAGUUUGAGCACUCCCUAGAGCAGACUUCAGCGCAGAUCAUGACCCUAGAGCGAGAAAUCUACUCUAUCGAGACAGCCAACAUCAACAAGGAGACAUUAGAUGCUAUGAAGAAUGCCGGCAACGCCAUGAAGCAGAUCCACGCUGGCCUGACUAUCGACAAGGUCGAUCAGACAAUGGAAGACCUCCGCGAGCAGCACGCUAUUGGCGAGGAGAUCAGCGAGGCCAUCACUCAGUCUGUUGGCACCCAAGGUGUCGACGAAGACGAGCUGGAUGAAGAACUCGAGCAACUGCAACAAGAGAGCCUUGACGAGCAGAUGCUGAAUACCGGGAAUGUACCUGUGGGAGAUAAAGUCGGGCGGCUGCCUACAGCCGCACAGCACGAGCCAAAGGGCAAGCAGCGCGAGGAAGAGGACGAGGAGGAAGAGCUACGGAAGCUGCAGGCCGAAAUGGCCAUGUGAGACCAUGUGCUUCGUGGACUCUAGGUCGAGAUGGUGCGGUUAAUGCAUGGCAUUUCAUGUGGUUCAGGUAUUUCGACAGCAUCACGGCAUACGGUUCGGGCGCGUGUGGCCUGGUGCGGUUGGUGCACUUCGACUUCGACUAAUUCGGUUUCAACUACAGCGGCUCUACCUCCUCCCUCCA